AUGCGCGUCGCGACGACCGCGGGGACCGCGUCGGCGGCGGCGGCGUCGCCGCCGUCGUCGUCGCGGCGCCGCGGAGACGCGCGAUGUCGAGCGCGCGCGGUGCGCUGGUCCGCGAGGACGGACGCGUCGUCGUUCGUCGUCGUCGUCGUCGCGCGUCGCGUCGGGCACCGCGUCGACGUCGACGCGCGUCGCGACCGCGCGAUCGUCCGUCCGCGCGCGACCGACGUCGAGAGAGGCGCGCGCGGCGACGGCGGCGACGGCGACGACGCGACGACGACGGCCGAUGAGCUGCUUCGAGACGAGCUCAGGGCGCGCAUGGCGGAGGCGGAGGCCGCGGGCGACGUGCGGGAGGAGGAGGACGUCUUAUACGACGACAGAGCAUUUAGUCACGACGACGAUCUCGAUCUCGGCGACGGAGGACGCAACAAGUAUCGCAUAACGAUCCGGGAUAAAGAGGUGCUGCGGUACGAGCUCCCGAACUUCUUCCCGGACUUCAACCCGACGCCGCUGGAGUCGCGGAUCGAGGCGGGGACGAGAGACGAGCUGGGGGGGUCCGCGUCCGGAGAGAGGAAGAGGAAGAAGAACAAGUCGUACGUGUGGAAACGCGGCGUCCUCGCGGGAACCGAACGCAGCGACCCCCUGGACGUGAUAAAACGCUCGAGAGACGAGAGUUACGACGAUAACGACGACGACGCGACGACUCCGACGGGGAGAAGGACGAUACCGCCGCCGCCCCGUCGCGCGGUGGACGAGGAGUACGCGAGACGCGGCGGCGGCGCGGGCUCCGGCGCUCUCGCCGGACUCACGCUGUUCUUUUACGUCGUCGCGCUCGCGCUGACGACGUCCAGAGCGUACUUCGACGGCGGGGAGAUGAUCCCCGCGCCGAUCGACGCGGAGACCGAGCGAGGCGCGAGGGAAGCGCCGCCGCCGCCGAAGUCGAUCGAGGGGACGGACGCGGGCCGAGUCUGGUCCGAGGGAAUAGAACGGUUCCGGUGA